UCGAGGGAGAAACAAUUUCGUGAGAAAAAAAGAGAGAGGGUCAGCCUGACUUUCGUGUCGAAAAAAAGGACACGCUCGCGUGCUCGAAGAACUCGAGGCAAUUGGCGGAGGAUUCGGGGAAUCGAAUUGACGGAACUUUGGAAUCCGUCGUUGGGAACAAGUUUGAAAAAAGCGCGCUGUGACGGACUCUCGAGGGGGAGAGUCGGUCCAAUGACCUUGGCAAGAAUAACCCACAAGGCCGGACAUCAGCCCGCGAGGAAGCAUGGUGACGCGUGGCUCUGUUUACGUUGCGGUUCUCUUUAUCUUGCCUUUGAUCCUUCGGCUCUUUGGGAACCUCAGAAGAAGCAAGAUCCUCGCCGACGUCCGGAAAGCUGCCAGGUCGGCCUUGCAGACGCUGCACAAGGUGUCGAGUAAGGCGCGCGAGCAGAAUUACUUCCUGGGUGGGCUGUCGCACGACUGGGUCAGUUACUAUGAGCAACGAAUCGAGAGCGAUCGCUCGUGUCUCAACGAGUGGCAUGCCAUGGACAAUCUGGAAUCUCGAAGACCACCGUCGCCGGACAGCGUGCGCACCAAACCCAGAGAAAGGGACGAGACUGAGCGCGUGAUCCGAUCGACGUUGAAGGAGAUCAUGAUGUCCGUGGACCUCGACGAGGUAACCUCGAAGUACAUUCGAGGCCGUCUCGAGGAAGACCUCGACAUGGAUCUCGGGGAGUUUAAGCCAUUCAUCGAUCAGGAGAUGCUCACCAUUCUCGGUCAGAUGGACGCGCCGACUGAAAUAUUUGAUCACGUUUACCUAGGAAGCGAGUGGAACGCGAGUAACUUGGAGGAGCUCCAGAAGAACGGUGUCAGACAUAUUCUGAACGUAACUCGGGAGAUUGACAACUUCUUCCCGGGGAUGUUCACGUAUUUGAACGUUCGCGUGUACGACGACGAGAAGACCGACCUGCUGAAGCACUGGGACGACACGUUCAAGUACAUCACGAAGGCAAAGAAAGAGGGUUCGAAGGUGCUGGUGCAUUGUAAGAUGGGGGUGUCCAGGUCAGCCUCGGUGGUGAUCGCGUACGCGAUGAAAGCCUACAACUGGGACUUCUCUCAGGCGUGGAAGCACGUGAAGGAGAAACGGACCUGCAUCAAGCCUAACAACAGCUUCCUGCUACAACUGGAGACCUAUCAGGGCAUACUGGACGCGAUGAAGAACAAAGAGAAGCUUCAGAGGUCCAAGUCGGACACGAACUUGAAGUCCCCAACGUCGACGAAGGAUCAGUCGAAGAAGGAAGAGAAGUCUGACAACGUGGACAACGACCUGCAGACUGUUUCCGGCUCUGAAUUGAAGAAGACCAGUCAAAGGCCGAAAAGUUGGUCGCCGAACGUGAAGAUCAGCGAAAUCAUGUUGCCUUCUGUUCCUCUUUCCCAAUCGCUGGAGAGCAUCGACAAGGCAGGGAACACGGAAGUGACGAGGGAAGAUCUGCUACGUUCCAGCAGCCAGAAAACGAGCAUGCCGCAGGAAGCUCGGAACGUUUUGAUGCCGUGCGGCAACGGACAGUCGUACAGCGUGUCGCAGAACAAGAUCGUCCAUCUGCCAGGUCCCUCGCUGGACACGCCGAGCGUGAAGAACCGAGUCAGCAAGUUGGAAACGCAACAGGGUCAAAGAAGAAAGGGCCUGGUGCUGAACCUGACGAAUCAAUUCGAAGCAGUCAGCAGCAAGCCGUCUUCACCGAGCUCUGACUCGGACGGGAAACCGUUGUCGCAGAGCCCGGUUUCUGGCUCUGUGAACGAGAACGGUGUGCUCGGCGUGCAGCAGCAGCAGCCAUCGUCGGAAGGUUCAUUGUCCACGGUGGCAGUGAAGCAAAACGUGUGGGACCCCGGCGAGAAGCAAGAAAAAAAGACGGAGAUCGAUAGUAAUAGUGAAUGUCUAGUCUGGACUACUGCAUCAUCGUCCGAUGCAACAAGUACCGAUUCGUGUAGUAACGCUAAGACUAACGGAGAAGUGAACGCGGAGAGUGAGUGUGUCGCGGCGAGAACGACGAUAGUGUAUCCCAGCACGUUGCCGCGAAAGAGCAAGAAAGACGGGGAUCCGUUUAGCACGCACGUCGACCGAGUGUUCGACCGCGAGGAGAGGCAAGGCGAGCCGGUGACGAGGGACUCCCCGAGUCGGCAGAGCUCCUGGAGCAGUUACGACAGUGCCGUGGUCCUCGACAACAAUUCGGUGCACAGUUCCUGGACCACGUUACCGUCGAGAAACAGUUCCUGGGGCUCGUACGACAUGCGGCCGUCGGAUUUGCUCGGCUCCAGCGGCCUCUUCCCUUACGACAAAGAGGAGAUACCCUGGCAUCCGGGUACCGUGAAACGUACCAAGCAGAAGCUCGAAGAGAACACCAGCUCAGGGACCGUGAAACGCGUGUGCACGCAAAAUUCCGACACGGAUGAGAAAGACAGAUUGCCCGUCGAGGAAGAAUCGUACAACCCAGUGCUUCUCCACCAUACCGCGUCCCCAACGCCGCGACGGAGGGACUCUUCGCCUAGCCAAGAACACAAUUUAAAGGUAGAUUGCCCCGCUAGAAACUCCCCGAGUCCCGUCAGGGGGAUCGACAUCUCGCCAGCGUCGAUUCGCCAAGUUGGAAGACUGUCGACGAGCGCGCCAGCGCCGUCUUCUCUCUCCUCCGACACGGAUCUUCCCUCGUCGUUGAGGCCCUGUAGGUCAGAGAGCGAGACGUCCAGCCCGUGCGUCGUGAACACCACGCAGUGCCCCUCGGUGAAACACCACAAGAUGGUUCUCGAGAAUCUGAGCAACAAAUCUAUAUUCAGCAAACGUUGUCUGUCGGUUGACGACUCGCCAGACGCCGAAUGUCCACGAAGUACCUCUGGCAUCGUGAAGAAUCUCAAGAAGGAGUUCGAGGCGAAGUCGACGAAGCCGGAGAGGAGUCCGGAGAACAGUUUCGAGAACGACUCGCCGAUCACCGCCGCUCGGCCGAAAAGGGACGUGAAGAUCAGAAGUUUGCCAUCGUCGCCGGUGAUCCCUCACAACGAGUCCAAGAUUCACGCCUCGUCCGAGAUCAAGGAGAAGGAGAAGUCGUGCGUCGACUCGGUCGCGUCCACGCAAGACAACCUGGAGGACAGAUCGGUGAGAGUUCUGGUCGGCAAGUACGAGGUGAAACCCGAGUCGAGAAAGUCCACGGAGAUCCAGCUACGCGUGCACAAAGAUAAGGAUUGGGAGUCGAUGGACUCGCAGCACAGCAACAAGUCGAAAAUCGGUUUAGAGUACAGCAGAAGGUCUGCGCCGAUCAUGAUCAACAAUCACUCGUCCCCUCCUUUGUUCAAUGAAGCGCCGGAAGCACCUGGCAGGCCACCAGUCCCAUCGGCUGGAGUUGUGGCAGCUAGCAAAAAGCAACAACAGCACGGCAGGACGCAUCCUCUUGCCAGGCUGCAGGUCAGGCCUAGGCACAGCAGUCCGGUUUACAACACCAUGUAAGACUAUCAAAAAAANGGGAAACGUUCACAAAGCGUUCGAUUGUUUUAUUUUUUUUUUUUUUUUUCUCCUCCCAUCGAGUCGAAUCUGUGCGCUCGUACCUGAAUGGACGGGUAUGUUGCGUGGUCGUGGCCACGAAUAUUGUGUGAAACUGUGUGAUCUCUAUUUGAUGCCAACGAGUCGAGGAUCGUUCCUCUUCGAGCUCGACCACUAAAUCGACGGGGACAUGAUUUUUGUAUAUUGAUUCGUUUCCCACCAUCUCUUCGAUGUAUGUAUUAUUUUAAUCACUGCGAGAACUUGUCCUGUAUCAUGCUGUACGGCGAUAAGGCAGAGCACCCGUAUUUUUUCGAUGCUUCCUCAAACGAACAGGAUGCGUACAAGCUUCUCGUGUCUACAUACCUACGUACCACUACGUGGCAAUGCAAGUCCGUUUGCGAUGCUUUUGUGUUCGUUAGCUUUAGUUGAUCAUCUCGAGAGAAAUUUACGCUGUUUGUAUAUUAUUUAAUUCCUUGUACGAGCGAGUAUUAAUUAUUUGCGAUAUCGAAAAGAGCAGCCCGAACAAUCGUUUCUGUGAAAUUAAUCGCGUGUUGCCCGAAUUCUUUUUCGAAGUUUUCUUUUUUUUUUUCUUCCUUUGCGAUGGAAAUCGAUGUCGAUCGUAUUUAUCACCGCCGUCUUUAUUUAAACGUUACGUUAGGUAUUCGUCCAAGCAAAAUGUCUUCGCGUGAAAUAUUUAACAAGCGGUUGAUAAAUAUACGUAUACAUAGUUGAUAAGCCAAGUAAGGAUAAAAAAACAAAAAAAGAAAAGAAAGCAAAAAAAAAAAAAAAAAUAAAUAAAAUAAAAUAAGAAAGAAACGACGAGUUUCUCAACGUCGAUAUAAAUCUCGAGAGAUAUCGAAAAGAUACAAGUGCCUUGUCCUACCGUCAACGAUUGUAUACAUAUAUAUAUAUAUACAUAUAUAAAUAUUCGUACUAAGGCACGUUCAAGAUCCUUCACAAUUUUUAUGUUCCUUCUUCGUCAGACGUGUCUUUGGCCUGCUCUUAACAAUUAGUUCAAUUACUUUUUAAGCUGGAAAUGCAACAAUUCUAGGAAACACGCGGAAAAGAAAAAAAAGGGGGAAAGAAAAAAAGAAAGAAUACUGUUAUUCCUACGACGUGUCGUCACCUAAUAGACCUAAUUAUGGGCUUGGAAUCAAACGUGAUGUGUUUGUGUAUGCGGAGGUGUCGCGCAGAAGUUGGAGCCAGCGUGUUCUUGAACCGUGACACGAGAGAGAUAGCGAUUGGCUCCGGUCAGGCUGUGAACGAAAGGUCCGGGGCCUCGCGCGUUAUUGUAACUAAAAAGAUAUUGCGCUCUGGCUCCUUCUUCUGCUGUUUACGUUGCGUGAUCGCCGAGGCGUAUGCAAGAUAGAGAUUCUAUAUAAAAGAGAACACACUUCGAAACGACGACGUGUAAUGUUAAGCUGUAUUAUUUAGUAUUUUAGAGCGAACAAUGUGAUUAGGAUGGUGCACAGUAUGCGAGGAGAGACGAAAAUAGCA